GAUGGUAAUAUAAUGAAUUCCACGUAUUUUAGGCAUCUCUUUUGAAUAUGGUUUAAGGAUAACCAAUAAUUGAAGUCACAUUAGAUGGAAUAGAGACUCGUAAACACACAAGAUUUGUUGACAAAUAAUUAGGAGCUUUAAGAUUACCAGUUUACACUGUAAUUAGAUUAUUAAUUCAUUAGGGUGAUGAUGAUAUCUCAGGUGUAGUGGAAGUUAAGAUGAAUAAAUAAAAAAAAAUAGAACAUCUAGGUAUAAGAAUUGAAUUGGUGGGACGUAUAGGUAAAAGUAAAAUUCAAUGAUCAAGAAAUUAUUAAUGAUUAAAAACAGAGUUCAGAUUUUAUGUCUAUGUCUAGAGAAUUAGAACCUUAAGGAAUCUUAUUUGAAGACAAAGCAUACAAAUUUUAAUUUUAGAAAUUUGAAAAGUAGAAUGAGAGUUAUUAUGGCAAUACUGUGAGAUUAAGAUAUUACUUAAAGAUUUAUAUGACUAGAAGUUAUGGUAAAGUAUAAAAGGAAGUGGAUUUUGCUGUUUUAAUUCCAUAACCAGAAAUAGAAGAAUAACCUUAAACAUCAUUAAAAUUAGAAGUAAAUAUCAAUUAUUAAAUAGGUUGGUAUUGAAGAAUGUUUGCAUAUUGAUUUUGAAUAUUUCAAAAGUAAAUAUCAUUUAAGAGAUGUUGUAACAGGAAAAGUUAAUUUCUAUUUAGUCAAAAUCAAAAUAAAAUAUAUGGAAUUAUCAGUGAUUAGAAAAGAAUAAUUUGGUCAAGGUCAAUAAUAAUAAACAGAUAAUGAGACACUUGUAAAAUAUGAAUUAAUGGAUGGUUGUCCUUAAAAAGGAGAAGUCAUUCCAAUUAGAUUAUAUUUAAGUGGAGUUGAUGUGACACCAUCUGUUAAGAAUGUUAAUGGUAAAUUUAGUGUCAAAUACAUUCUAAAUUUGAUUUUAGUAGAUGAAGAUGAUAGAAGAUAUUUUAAAUAAUAAGAGAUAACAAUUUAUAGAAAAAAAUGAU